CUUGAUUCAAUAUUUACAUAACACUUAAUCGUCAACAUGACGUCUCAAAGGGGUAGUUUACAAGGGACUAUGCCUAGCAUACAAGAAUAUGGUGAAGGUAAUCGAUACGGCCAAAUACCAGCUAGUUACUCAGAAAUCAGUAGCAAGAAAAGGUUUGGUGCGUCACCAGAUAAUGCGCUAGUAACGCUUCUAAAGAAAUCAUAUAAAUUGGCACAGAGCAGUGAUAAAAAGAAAAAGACUGUGACGAAAAUGAAAGAUGCUAGCAGCGUAGCUUUCAUGAGUACGUCUACACUUUCAGAGAAACAAAAUGGAGAUUUAACAUCAAUGAUGUCACGGUCCGGUUCGAGCGAUUCGCAGCCAGGGUUGAUGGAGAUAUUGAACUCAAAUGGUGCUCUCGCCGAGAAAUUGAGGGCAAAAUUGUUGGAAUAUGCGAAAACAAAGUUUUGUGAAGAGAGCAUGCUGCUGUUCUUGCUAGAUUACAUACUAUGGCACCGUGGAAAAGAUACAGACGGUGCAGUAGAAAGGGGACAAGCGAUUGUGCAUAACUACGUAAUCAGCUCGGCAGCAUACCAGAUCAAUAUGCAAAAAAGCGCGAUUGCAUCUGCUGAAAAGGCCCAGAUAGAAGGUCUCAAAACUUCUUUGGCAGACAUUGCUUCACAAACAAAAAAGAUAUUCCGUGUUACACAGGGCAUAUAG